AUGACAUCUUAUCAGCCAAGCCACGCCCAAGCACAGCAGAGCCUCGGGCGAGACAAACCCAGCCCGUUGAGGAUCAUCAAGCGGCAUCGGCGCAGCGGCACCAAAGACUUGGCAAACGCCAUUCGAAAGACAUCCACCAACGACAGCCAAAGUACCGUAUCGAGCGUCACCCACAAGGCCAAGCUCUUGCACGUGUCCCGGAGACGAGCCCGCAAGGCGAGCCUGAUCAACCGCGACUUCUGGGCCAGCUCCGUGGAUCUGAGCCACCACCAUAUUCCGUCGUGGGAAGCAGCCGUGGCCAGCUGUCGCGGGCUCUUGAGAAGGUCAACCCCAAACUUCAACAACUUCAAGCGACGUCUCUCCAUUGGUCGUUCAUGCCCCCCUCGAAACGCCUCUGGCGGCGGCAUGUCGUCCUCGGGCUCGUCUCGGCAGGAUGGGGAGGCGAAUCCAUGCCGCCCGUCGUCGACCUCGCCGUCCGAUGAAGAAUCGAGAAGCACUGCUGAGCCCCGGGACCGAAUGCGGCCGCAAACACCUCGAGCCAGCCCGCAGCGAUUAAGCCCCCGGCAAAUAUCCCGAAAUAGCGGCGGGGCUUACUUUCUGUCGCCCUGCAUAUCUCUCACCACGCAUCGGGAUGAGUUGAGCGUGGACAAGGCGAGCGUCUGGGUCGCAGUAGAGAUAACUAGGAAGCUUUCUCACAUCUCUCCACUCCGACCAAAGGCCACGGAGGAGCCGGAUGAGGAAAAGUUGACCGGGACUUUUGUGCAUCACAACCUAGACCGUUUCUUUGACUUUGGCUGUUUGUACAACUUGACUGUUGACGUAGACUCGACGCCAAACACCACCAUACUGGAAGUGAUACACGAACACUCCUGGCCGACUACCAUCUAUGCCGGCACGAGUGCCUUACUCGUGGUCCACGUCCAGCUGCAGACUGCCUCAACCGGGCGCUGUCAAAGCGGACAUGGCAGAUGCAGAUCAGAUGAGUUGAUGGAAGAGCUUGAGCUUGAACUCGGCAACACUCAAACUGAAUUAUUUACUAUCAAGGUAUGUUAUCAGCACUCUGCUUUUCCGAAAAUGGUCCCCGAUGAAGGCCCUCGAAACGGACUUCGUCACCUCGAAAGCCGACUGGAAACGACGGCCACGGCAGCGCUUGUACGCAACUCGGUCAGCUCCGUUUGGUCACCGCGACCUGAGACGAAACAGAAUAGCAUCUUUUCGAUAAUGGUUCAGCAUUGGGGCGACGAAAAAGCAAUGACUAUACGGCGCCAAAUUUCAGAUUCCCACGUAUUGCCGAGGCAGCGCAAGGCUGCGCAGCAAGCCGUCGCCACGGCGUCUUCAAAGCUCAGUGCUGCUACGGAAUCAAGCGGGGAUAAGGAUUUAUUCACUCUCAAUCAUGAACCAGAGACGAACCAUUUCGGUGCAUCUCCUCCGCUUUGUCCGUCCAGUGAUGACGGCUGGAGGUCUUGGUGCGGCAACUUGUUGGACGGUUCGGACGUCCUAGGCGAGGGGUUAAGAAAACCAGUGAGUGAGGUGUAUUAUUUUGGCGAGCAAGCAAUCAAGGCACUGGGGACACCUGCGGCACCAAAGCCCGACUCUGGAAGGAAAGACGCCAGCGGCAAGAUGUGCGCGGGGAUGAUGCUGGAUGCAAAAGUGCAGGGCUCAGGAUUCUGGGAUUGGGGAUCCUGGUUUUGA